AUGUCUGCACCACAACCUCAUUCACCCCCGCAGGUACAAGGUUCAUCAUCGCCUGAACAGAGCAAGACCGGCGUCCACGAACCGAGCCCUGCAGACCCGUCCAAGGCCAGAGCUGCGCUCGCCGAGUUCUCCGCAACGAUGAAGCGCCCAGCAGAUCUCAAGUGCUUCCGCCAAAUAGGCUGUGACGGCAUCUGCAGGACCCUCCGUAGGGUGCCAGCACCGGAUGACGAGCCAAAUGGCAUAGAGGUCUAUGAUGCACAGCCCAUGUCACCGUUCCUGUUGAAGGCGUACCUUGAUCGACACGACUGGAGUCAGACGACUGAAGAUCGCUUUCGUGGCGUGGACGGCAGGAAUACGCCGAAAGAGUAA